AAAAUAUUCGUCGCGUUGGUUUGACGUCACAAUAGCGUCCUUCCCCCCCUCAUCGCGUAGUAGAGUCGCCAUUUUUCAAGCCUCUGCGAAGAGAUUCAGACGAUUUCUCGAUUCGGUGUUUUAAUUCUAUUACCCAAAAAAAUGCAAGGAAACAGGGGUCCUCAGCAGAACCAUGGCGCCAACCGCCAGUCCGGGCAGGGCGACCAGAGGAAACAAGGGGGGAACACUAACGGCCAGGACCCCGGCAGCGACGCCACCCGCCUUAACGAGGCCCUGACUCUGGACCUGCAAAAUUUCAGGAAGCCCGGGGAGAAAACCUUCACCCAGCGCAGCAGGCUUUUUGUGGGGAACCUUCCCACCGGAGUCACGGAGGAGGACAUUGAAAAGCUGUUCGGAAAGUACGGCAAGGCAUCCGAGAUCUUUGUCAACAAAGACCGGGGCUUCGGCUUCAUCCGCCUGGAGACGAGGAUCAUCGCCGAGAUAGCCCGAGCCGAGCUGGACGACACCCCGUUCAGAGGGAGACCCAUUCGGAUUAGGUUUGCAACUCACGGCGCUGCUUUGUCUGUCAAAAAUCUACCAGAGUUUGUGUCCAAUGAGCUCCUGGAGGAGGCCUUUUCUGUGUUUGGUCAGAUCGAGCGAGCUGUGAUCGUGGUGGAUGACAGAGGGAGGCCCACUGGGAAGGGGAUAGUGGAGUUCACCGCCAAGCCAGCUGCAAGAAAGGCUUUGGACAAAUGUCAAGAUAGCGCCUAUCUGCUCACCGCCUUCCCUCGGCCCAUCACUGUGGAGCCCAUGGAACAGUUAGACGACGAGGAGGGUCUGACGGAAAAGCUGAUCAACAAAAACCAGCAGUACCACAAGGAACGCGAGCAGCCGCCGCGAUUCGCUCAGCCGGGCACCUUCGAGUACGAAUACGCCAUGCGCUGGAAAGCCCUGAUGGAGAUGGAGAAGCAGCAGUUCGAAAUGGUGGACCGCAACAUGAAGGAGGCCCAGGAGAAGCUGGAGCAGGAGAUGGGGGCGGCCCGCCAUGAGCAUCAGGUGAUGCUGAUGAGACAAGACCUGCUGAGGCGCCAGGAGGAGCUGCGCAGGAUGGAGGAGCUCCACAGCCAGGAGGUGCAGAAGAGGAAGCAGGCCGAGCUCCGGCAGGAGGAGGAGCGCCGGCGGAGGGAGGAGGAGAUGAGGAUGCGCAACGAAGAGAUGAUGAAGCGACAGCAGGAGGGCUUCAGAGGCAACUUCCAGGAGAACAGAGAGCAGGAGAUGAGGAUGCACAUGGGAUCCACCGGCAUGGCUGCGGAGAACGCUCCCCUCAUGCCGGGCCCGGGCAACGCCAACAUGCCUGGAAGUCAGGGCGGCUUCCCCAGAGGCCUCCCUGGACCUGGAGACUAUGUGCCCAACAAGCAGCGCAGAUUUUAAAUUUUUUUGUGAUUUUCUCUUUUUUUUUUUAAGUCCAAUGAGAGAAAAUGUUCUUUUGAAAAGUGGCACGUGUCUUUAUUUCUCCCCAUGGUGUUCUUUUGAAAAGUGUUUUUAGAAGUUACGCAACGCCACAAUUGAGCCAUGAGCUUUGCUUUCUUACUUUGUUUCAUGGAUAGAAAAAUGAAUUUUUUUGUCCUGUGGAUUUUUCUCUAAUAAAAUAUCCCAUUUAAGAACGCU